CCACAAGUUCAUGACCACACAAAAAUUGGCUUAAAGGGUUCUGUUUCAUUUGCUUCUCUUCAUCCCUCUUUGUCAAUCUUGUUUGGUCUUUUGGACUUUUGGAUUGUAAAAGGUUUUGAGUUUUGAGUUUUGAGUUUGGAGUUUGGAGGGAUGGCUCUGAAUCUGUUGUCUCCAGCUGAGAUUAAAGCUAUCUCUUUCUUGGAUUCCACCAAGUCCACUCACUUACCAAAGCUUCCAGGUGGGUUUGCUUUGAGGAGGAAAGAUUGCGGAACAGUGAUUGGAAGGAGAAUUCAGUGUUCAGCACAAGCACCACCUCCAGCUUGGCCGGGAAGUGCUUUUCCGGAGCCCGGCCGGAGGACUUGGGAUGGUCCAAAGCCUAUCUCUAUUGUGGGAUCUACUGGUUCUAUUGGAACCCAGACAUUGGACAUAGUUGCAGAGAAUCCGGAUAAGUUCAGAGUUGUGGCCCUAGCAGCUGGCUCAAAUGUUACUCUUCUUGUGGAUCAGGUGAAGAGGUUCAAACCCAAACUAGUUGCUGUUAGAAAUGAAUCAUUAGUUGAUGAGCUUAAAGAGGCUCUAUCUGGUUUAGAAGACAAGCCUGAGAUCAUUCCUGGGGAGCAAGGAGUCAUUGAGGUUGCUCGGCACCCAGAUGCAGUCACAGUAGUUACAGGAAUAGUUGGUUGUGCAGGACUGAGGCCUACAGUGGCGGCAAUAGAAGCUGGGAAAGACAUAGCUUUAGCCAAUAAGGAGACUCUGAUUGCUGGAGGCCCAUUUGUUCUUCCUCUUGCGCACAAACAUAAUGUGAAAAUUCUUCCUGCUGAUUCAGAACAUUCUGCAAUUUUUCAGUGUAUUCAAGGCUUGCCAGAGGGUGCACUUAGGCGUAUUAUUUUGACAGCUUCUGGUGGGGCUUUCAGGGAUUGGCCUGUUGAAAAACUCAAAGAAGUUAAAGUUGCUGAUGCUCUGAAACAUCCUAACUGGACUAUGGGAAAGAAGAUAACUGUUGAUUCAGCUACUCUUUUCAAUAAGGGGCUAGAAGUCAUCGAGGCCCAUUACUUGUAUGGAGCUGAUUAUGAUGAUAUCGAGAUUGUAAUUCAUCCACAAUCCAUCAUACAUUCGAUGAUUGAAACACAGGAUUCAUCUGUUCUAGCACAGUUGGGGUGGCCUGAUAUGCGCUUGCCAAUCCUCUACACCAUGUCAUGGCCGGAGAGAAUCUAUUGCUCUGAAGUAACCUGGCCCCGGCUUGAUCUUUGCAAGCUUGGUUCACUAACCUUUAAAGCUCCUGACAACGUGAAAUACCCAUCCAUGGAUCUUGCCUAUUCUGCCGGAAGGGCUGGUGGCACUAUGACAGGAGUUCUUAGUGCAGCAAAUGAAAAGGCUGUGGAGAUGUUUAUCGAUGAAAAAAUUAGUUAUCUGGACAUUUUCAAGGUUGUUGAGCUGACAUGUGCUAAGCACAGGGCUGAACUAGUGACCUCACCUUCCCUUGAGGAAAUCAUACACUAUGAUUUGUGGGCACGAGAUUAUGCUGCUAAUCUGCAAAACUCUACAAGUUCAACCCCUGUCUUCGCAUGAGUGAUAGCUCAUCCUUGUCGAUCCAAGUAGUAGCUAUGCUAUGAAAUGAGAAUGGGCCAGCAUGUUCUAGUCUCUGGUAGAUGUGGCGUAGAUGGGGUUGUAUAUGUAUGAAUACUUCGGCCAUUUAAAAUAACUAUAAUGGGCAGUAGAUUUCAAAACACAGAAUCAAG